AUGGCUGCCCCUACACGCGUCGCCGCUUCCCUGCGACGUGCAGCGUUUUCGUCGCGACAUUCCCCGUGCAUUAAGAAUAUCAGACCCGCUCUGCAAGUGAGAUGGAAGACGGAGGCGACUACUUCAUCGAGUACCGAAUCGGUCGGUCAAUUGGACUCAAAAGGUGGUUUGGAUGGACCAGCUCCUGCAAAGUCCAUUAAAUUUACCACGGAAUCGUAUCCUAACAUUGAACGAGAGUCCAAGUUCGCAAAGCUCUCGGAGAAACAUGUCCAGUAUUUCCAGAAGCUGCUCGGUUCCGACUCUGCUGUGUUGGACGGAGUAACCAAAGAUGCUAGUGAAGAUAUCGAACCGUUCAACGCGGACUGGAUGCGCAAGUUCAGAGGCCACGCGCAACUGGUGUUGAAGCCAUCGACUAAAGAGGAAGUCAGCGCCGUCCUGAAGUACUGCAACGACAACAUGCUCGCUGUCGUUCCUCAAGGUGGCAACACCGGGCUUGUCGGAGGAUCUGUUCCGGUCUUCGAUGAGAUCGUCCUCAACUUGCAGAAGAUGAACAACAUCCGGUCGUUCGACGAGGUCUCGGGCAUUCUUGUUGCCGAUGCCGGUGUCAUCUUGGAGGUCGCCGACAACUACCUGGCGGAACGACAACACAUCUUUCCCCUCGACCUUGGCGCGAAGGGUUCAUGCCAGAUUGGUGGCAACGUCUCGACCAACGCAGGAGGACUCCGCUUGCUUCGAUAUGGCAGCCUUCACGGAAGUGUUCUUGGCAUUGAAGCUGUCCUGCCCGACGGUACCAUCAUGGAAGAUCUGUCGCUCCUCAGGAAGAACAACACAGGUUACGACAUAAAGCAACUCUUUAUUGGCUCUGAAGGCACCAUUGGCAUCAUCACCGGUAUCUCGAUCCAAUGUCCUCGCCGCUCACCUGCUGUGAACGUAGCUUACUUUGGCUUGGAGAGCUACGAGCAAGCGCAGAAGGCAUUCAUUGCCGCCAAGGCGUAUCUCGGUGAGAUCCUGUCCGCAUUUGAGAUGAUGGAUGGUCGCACGCAGAAGAUCCUGAAAGAGGUAGCGGGGGUCAAAUUGCCUCUGGAAGGCGACCAUCCUUUCUAUUGCUUGGUAGAAACCAGUGGCUCCAACACAGACCACGACAGCGAGAAAUUGCAAAACUUCCUUGAACACGUCAUGGAAUCCGAGGUUGUCUCUGACGGUGUUCUAGCCGAGAGCCAAACCCAAGUUGCUGAACUUUGGGCUUGCCGUGAACGCAUCACAGAAUGCCUCGGUCACUGGGGUGGUGUCUACAAGUAUGACCUCUCAAUACCGAUUGCGCAGAUGUACGAUCUCGUAGAAGACAUCCGUGAGCGUAUGACCAAGGACGGCCUUCUUGGAGACACCAAGGACCACCCAGUCGUAGACGUGGUCGGCUACGGACAUAUGGGAGAUGCCAACCUCCAUCUGAACGUACCCGUCCGACGAUUUGACAAGACUGUAGAGAAAGCGCUCGAGCCUUAUCUAUAUGAAUGGACGUCGAAGCGAAACGGCAGUAUCAGUGCUGAGCACGGACUUGGUCUCAGCAAGAAGCCGUAUGUCGGUUAUAGUAAGAGUGAGACUAUGAUCAAGCUUAUGAAGCAGAUCAAGAACUUGUAUGAUCCGAACGGUAUUUUGAACCCGUAUAAGUACAUAUAG